GUGUCAUUGUGCGUUCAGUCGGACGUAAAGACGUGAAACAGCAACUGGUAGGUAACCCAGCGUGGACAUGGAGGACGUGUUGCUGUGGAUUGUGGGUGUGCUGUUACUCCUGUUCUGCAGUCUGGAUGUGUGGUAUUAUUUACGGGUAGUGGUUGUGCUGGUCAGGGCCUGGUUCCUCUCACCCGUAAUUGAUAUCACAGCUGAGCAGACUUCAAGUGGACGAGUGGUUCUCCAUGACGUUGACCUUUGCCACAUGAAUAAUGCCCGCUACCUGCGCGAGUGUGACUUUGCCCGUUUCUCUCUGUACUCCCGCAAUGGGGUGUUCAAAGCUUUAAGGGCUCUAGGGGCCACCGUGGUCGUUGGGGCAACUACCAUCCGCUAUAGACGGCCGCUGUGUAUCGGUGAGGCGUUUGAGAUUCACAGUCGAAUCAUUACCUGGGACGAGAAGUCAUUUUACCUGGAGCAGAGGUUUGUGUCUUGUAAAGAUGGGAUGGUGUCGGCUGUCAUGUUCUGCAAACAGAAUGUCCUGCGCAGCAGUCCGGACAAGAUCCUGCAACACCUGUGCAAGAGAAAGGUUGAAGUGCCAGAAUUUCCUGAAGAGCUGCAGCACUGGAUCAGUUUCAUCUCAGCCAGCAGUAAAGCCCUCCGGGGGGAAUGUCCGCUUGAUGAUAAAAAGAGCAAAUGACGACUCAUUGCCUUAAAUUAACUCUCUAACUCUAACUCUCUGGUGUACAUUGAACUGGGAAUUAUUCCAACACAUCCAAGUAGCAGCAAAAAAAAAAAAAAAAAUGCUUGUUCAAAAAAAAAAA